AUGGCACCUGGUGUCAAAGAUAAUUUACGUGCUGUAACACCAACACAGUCUAACCACGUAAGUAACGAGGGUGACGUCAUCAAAGUUUUUAUAAGAGUCCGUCCCCCUAUUGAGGGGCCCAUCCUCCAUGAUGGAGAGCAUCCUGGCUUGUGCUUAUCAGUGCUCACUUCCAAUAGCCUCCGUCUGCAUUCUAAACCAGAGCCCAAGAUCUUCACAUUUGAUCAUGUUGCAGAUAUGGACACUACUCAGGAGUCUAUAUUCUCAAGUGUGGCCAAAAGCAUUGUUGAAUCCUGCAUGAAUGGUUAUAAUGGUACCAUCUUUGCAUAUGGUCAAACUGGCUCAGGAAAAACAUUUACUAUGAUGGGACCAUCUGAAUCUGAUAAUUUCACCCAUAAUCUUAGAGGUGUAAUUCCCAGAAGUUUUGAAUAUCUCUUUUUUUUAAUUGAUCGUGAAAAGGAAAAGGCUGGGACUGGAAAGAGUUUCCUUUGUAAGUGCUCGUUCAUUGAAAUUUACAAUGAACAGAUAUUUGAUUUACUGGAUUCUGCUUCUGCUGGGCUGUUUUUAAGAGAACACAUCAAAAAGGGUGUCUAUGUAGUUGGAGCUGUUGAACAGGUGGUAACAUCUGCUGCUGAAGCUUAUCAGGUAUUAUCAGGGGGAUGGCGAAAUAGACGUGUGGCAGCUACAUCUAUGAAUAGAGAGUCUUCCAGGUCUCAUGCUGUCUUUACAAUUACAGUAGAGUCAAUGGAGAAAAAUGGUGAUAUUGUGAAUAUUCGGUCCUCCCAGCUCAACCUGGUAGACUUAGCUGGAUCUGAAAGACAAAAAGAUACACAUACAGAAGGUUUGAGAUUGAAGGAAGCAGGUAAUAUAAAUCGAUCAUUGAGCUGCCUGGGUCAAGUGAUUACAGCGCUUGUUGAUGUGGGUAAUGGAAAACAGAGACAUGUUUGCUACAGGGACUCCAAGCUUACUUUCUUACUACGGGAUUCUCUUGGAGGUAAUGCCAAAACAGCCAUAAUUGCAAAUGUUCACCCUGGAUCCAAGUGUUUUGGAGAAACUCUGUCAACUCUUAACUUUGCUCAGAGAGCUAAGCUGAUUAAAAACAAGGCUGUGGUAAAUGAAGACACACAAGGAAAUGUGAGCCAACUUCAAGCUGAAGUGAAGAAGCUCAAAGAACAGCUUGCUCUGCUGACCACAGGCACUGGUGGUGUCCCAGAUGAAGAAAAUACUAAUUACAUGAACUGUUUUCGAGAGGCAAUGUUAUUCUUGAAGAAAUCUGAACAUGAAAAAAAGUCUUUAUUAGAAAAAGUUGCACAGUUGGAAGAUCUCAGUGUCAAAAAAGAAAAAUUCAUUCAGUCCAAUAAAAUGAUUGUUAAGUUUCGGGAGGAUCAUAUAAUGCGCUUAGAGAAACUCCAGAAAGAAGCAAGGGGCAGUUUUAUGUCUGAAGAACAGGAUAAGCUGCUCUCCGAAUUAAGGGAAGAAAUACAGACUCUGAGAGAACAAAUAGAGCAGCAUCCUCGUAUUGUGAAAUAUGCCAUGGAAAACCACUCCCUCAGAGAGGAGAACAAGCGACUUAAGUCCUUAGAAUCUGUGAAAAGAAUACAAGAAAUGGAUGCUCAGACCAUUGCAAAAUUAGAAAAAACUUUCUUUGAAAUUUCUGGCAAAGAGAAAAACGAUAAAGGUCAGCAAGGACACCCUCUAAUGACUUCCUCAGAAUCUAGCUUAUCAGCAUCAGUAGAGAAGCUAAGAGCACAGCUUCUGCAGUCCCAGAGUGAAUUGAGUAAUUCAAAGCAAGAAUAUGAAGAAUUCAAAGAGCUUACCAAGAAGAGACAGCUGGAACUGGAGUCAGAGCUUCAAUCCCUGCGUAAAGCAAACCGGAGCCUAGAGAACAUCUUAGAGGCCACCAAAGCAUCCAAGCGCCAGGAAGUGUCUCAGCUGAAUAAGAUUCAUGCAGAGACACUGAAGAUCAUAACUACUCCUACCAAGGCUUAUCAGCUUCGGUCUCGAUUAGUACCUCGACUGAGUCCAGAUAUCUUAAACUCUAGCCCCAAAGGCACUCAGAACACAAAUGACUUGGAUACUGAUAUAUUCAAUGAGCCAGUUCCUCCAGAAAUGAAUGAACAGGCAUGCGAGGCCAUUUCUGAGGAACUCAAAGUAGUUCAGGAACAACUGAGCGUUCUUCAGACAAAGUUGGAUGAAAAAGAAAGUACAAACAUGAAACUUCAGCAGCAAAUUGACAAAUUAGAGCAUCAUUCCACACAAACACAGGAGCUCUUCUCUUCAGAAAGAACUGAAUGGCAUAAACAGCAGCAAGAGUAUCUUUCACAAUUGAGUUCCCUUGAAAAACAGCUUCAAGAUGCUCAUGGCAAGAAUGAACUCAUGACAAGUGAAAUAUGUGACCUGCGUAUAGUUCUUCAGUCUGCAGAUAAGGAGUUAUCUUCAGUGAAACUGGAAUGCAAUUUAUUAAGAGAAAACCAGGAAAAAGAAAUCGGUCAACUUUCCCAAAGACAUAUGGAUGUACAACUCCAAUUAGAUAAUGUCAGACUAGAGCAUGAAAAGUUGCUUGAAACAAAAGCGUGCCUGCAGGACUCCUAUGAUAAUCUCCAGGAAGUGAUGAAGUUUGAGACUGAUCAGCUUUCCAAGGAGCUCCAAGAUAGCCAAGAAGCAAACAAGACUCUUCGAACUGACCUCAGUAAUUUGUUGGAGCUUUUAGAAACAGAAAAAGAACGAAAUAUCAAGUUGAUAUCACAGUUGGAAGAAGACAAAGAAAAUAAUUCUAAGAAGUUCUUGGAAGUUCUUGACACAGUACAACAGGAGAAGCAGAAAGAGAUUGCUAAGUGUGAGCAGCAGACUGCAAAUAUACAGAAACUGGAACAGAGCUUGUCAGCAUCUGAAAAGAUCAUUGCUUCUCUGGAAAAGACUAAGGCUGCUGACCAGGAAGUCAUGACUAAUCUCAUGAGUCAGAUCCAGGACCUACGAGCAUCUGUCAGUCAGAAAAAUGGAAAUAUAGAUAUGUUAACAAGAGAACUAGAGGACAUUACAUACAAAUAUACCUCUACCUUGACUGAAAAAGAUGACUGUAAAGCAGAUUUAAAGAAACAAGAAGAACAGAUUAUGGAACUGAAAGAAGCCCUUAAUUUGAGAAAGUUGUCUGAUGAUAUUGAGAGAGACAUGUUGUGUGAAGAUCUGGCUCAUGUCAGUGACCAGCUAAACAAAUUAACAGAAGCCUCUAACAAGCAUUCAGUGUUGCUUCAGUGUGCCGAAGAAGAGCUAGCAAAGAAAGAAGCUUUUAUUCAGGAGCUUCAGGAACAGCUAAGUGAAAAAGUGAAAGAAUUGGAACAGAGGAAGAAUGCAUUUAGUUUGAAAAUGAGACACCUAGAAUGUGUGAUGGAUUCCACUGCUGUAACUCCACAGAGUCCUAAAACUCCACCUAAUUUCCGAACACAUCUGGCAAAGCUCCUAGAAACACAAGAACAAGAAAUAGAAGACCGAAGAGCCUCCACAAUCUCCUUGCAGUAUCUUGUAACAAAACUGAAUGAAGAGAGAGAUGUCAAAAAUACUGAAAUCCUUAGAAUGAAGGAGCAGUUAUGUGAAUUAGAAAACACACGCUUAGAACUUCAGCAGAUGACAGAAACAAAUCGAAACUUACAGAGACAACUUGAUGAUAUUAAGAAUCAAAAGAAAAGCAGCAAUCAAAAAUAUCCAGAUGUUCAACAAAUUAAAAAAGAACAAGAAAAGGAAAUUAUUGAAGAAAGACUUGCUAAGAAUAAAGCAGUUGAAGAAAUGCUGAAAAUUAAAGCAGAAUUAGAAGAAGUCAAAGAUGUCCUUGCAGGCAAAGAGGUAAGCUGGCUUAAAAUGAUGGAAGAAGUAGAACGAACAAGAGCUCUGGAAUCUAAAGCCUUCCAGGAGAAGGAACAGCUGAGAUCCAAGCUAGAAGAAGUCUAUGAAGAAAAAGAAAAAAUUUUACAGGAGACAAACAUGCUAAGGAAGCAAGUAGAGUUUCUUGCAGAAGAAAAUGGAAAGUUAGUAGGUCACAAAAAUCCAAACCAGAAGAUUCAGUACCUGGUGAAACUGAAGAAAGACAAUGCCAGACUCACUGAAGAAGCUGAAAAAUUACGUGUCGAAAAUGUCUUCUUAAAAGAAAGCAGAAAAUGUGACAUUUGUCAAGAUCCUGACCAAGUACCUUGA